AUGGCCACUCCACCGGUACCUCCUUUACCAUCCUUACCUAAGGAAGAAGUUCCUGCAAAGAUUGAAUUUCCCCUAGAGUCGGUCAAAGGUCUGGAUCCUUCCAUCUCAUCUGUUCCACUAUCAAAGUUGAAGGAGCUGCUAGAUAACCAAAAGUUGCUGAAGAGUUACCUUCUAGAUUCCUUACAAGAGUUCAAUCAGGAAAUAAUCCACACUUUGGACGAGAAUAUCCGGUCCUUACAGAACCUGCUUCAACAAUACGAGGACAAUUCCAAGGAUAUCGACCAAUUGAACAAAUCGCUGGACGAGUUAAAUGUUCUCUUUAGGAGAUGGAAACAGACGGAAAUUGAGAUGUAUACCAUACUGCAAAGGUACCAGCCCAAUUCUCUAUCGAAGAAAUUGUUUGAGCUUCUAGAACAAUCGCAUUUGGAAUCACAGCAAUUGGUUUCGAAGCUAGAAGGUUCGGUGCAAGAAUCUGAUCUACAGUCGUUCAUUAGAGAAUAUAGGGCAAAAAGAAAGCUGUACCAUCUGAGAAAGGAGAAAUACCACAGGUGUCAAGAGGAAAGAGUCCGGUUUGUAUAA